AUGGCAGAUGAGGUUGAGUUAAACACUAAGUCAAGGAAGGUGACGACUUCCACUCGUCAUCUGACCAAAAAUGACAAAAAAAUUCUUGGUCAGAAUACAGAUAGAAAGAAGGAAGUAGUGGCCUCUCAAGAAAAGUAUAGCACCAACAAAAUGAGGACAUACAAUAGUGCCUGGACACCAGUGGUUCACAAGCCUUCUAAUGAAACGAUAUUUCAUGAAAGACGGGAUCUAGUUUCUCACUGGUUUGACCUUUGGUCUGACUCCCAGAGGAAGCGAUUUUUUGAUGUGGUGUUCCAGCAGUGUCGACGUAACCAGUACAAGUUUGUACAGCAGUGGUUCCAGGACAGAGUGCCCCUCCAGCACCUUGAUUUUACCACUGUACUGCCACGCUUUCUCAGUGUUUAUAUCUUCUCUUUCUUGGAACCUCAGAGUCUGUGUAGAGCUGGCCAGGCCUGCUGGCACUGGAAGUUUCUUACAGCACAGGAUGAAAUCUGGAUGCCUAAGUGCUUAAAGUAUGGUUGGAUGAUUCCAUAUAAACCCCCAAAGAAUGAGUAUGGUGCAUGGAAAAAUCAUUAUGUCUUAUGUGCACAUACCCAGGGUUAUAUCCCAGCUGAAGAUGUGAACUCAUUUGGUGGGAUGGGUGUCCAUUUAACUCCAUCUGUUUCCAAAAAGAAGACAAAGUCAGCAUCAAGAUCGGGCCGCCUCUCUCCCACUGCCAGCCGGCGUAACAUGGAUGUCCGACCUCCAUGGGUUGGUGUGUCUAAGAAACCAAAAGACUUGGAUAAAUCCUUCCAUGCCUUCUUACAUGGAUUCAAUCCCAAUGAUCCAAACAUUCCCAAGUCUGCCCUUAUUCUCCAUAACAAAUGGGGCAUCCCAAAGAAACGGCAUGAACAGGCACUGAGCCGAUCCGAGGACUUCGAGCUUGGUCUUGAUUCCUACAAACGAAAAGAUGGCCACAGGACUCUCACAGAUAAUAAAAUGACAUUGUCACAUGUGACAUUACUAGAGGGUGAAUCUGGAGAAGACUAUGACCUGAAGCGUCUGUCUCAGCGUAAGUCAUUAAGGGACACAAUGGAGUUAGUAAAUAUGGAAGAAAAUCGGGUCAAACAGCUGGUGGACACAGAGUGGUAUCCCCCUCAUAGGACACGAGUGCAGAAGCCUGAUAUGACCAAAGGUGUGUACCCCUACAACAUCAACCAAACUGAAUCUGAUCCUAAAGGUCAACUUUUCGUAGAAAAACCUCGAGUGAUCUUCAUCUCCUCCAGGGUACCGGCAGCUGAUUUAUUAGCUGAUGCUGUUCUAUUUGGUGUCAUACCAGUAGUGUAUGAGUAUGAAGGCACUACAACAGAAACGCUCCUCCUAAAACUUGAGAAGGCACUCCAAGGGAGACAAGCACAGAGUAUUGGCUUAUUUUGCCAUAGCCAGGAACCAGGAGAGUUGCGAUUGGUUCAGAACUGUACAGUAACUUUGAAUACACUGGAUGUGUCCUAUGUCUCCCAGUUCUUUGAGACAGUGGCUGACCGCAUUAUACCACCAAACAAAGGUGGACAGAUGGAUGUAUUUGUACCUCUGGCAGCAUCAGAGCCAGGUCUUGAGAUGUUGAUACAACUCAGUGUGAUGACAGGCAUGCAGUUGUCUUCCCCUACUGGCAUCAUUGGCUACUACAACCAUGUUAAUAGUGACUGGUUGUUGCCUUACAAAGAAGGGUCACCUCCGUCCAUGUAUUUCUGUACAUCCAAACUGGAUGUAUGGACCAAUACUGCUGACCAGGCAAAGGAAGCGCUGACCACCUGUAAGAAAUUGCUGUCCCCGUACUUUGAGAAAACACACAAGGAUAUUGUGUCACAGCUGACAGGCCAAGUUGUCUUUGAUGUGAUUGGUCAGACAGAAAUCCAGGGGACCAACAAAAUAGCUGAUGUUCUGACAGAGGGUCUGCGCCAUCUCGGCAGUGAGGACAAUGUGAACCCUCUUGAAUUCCUUGGGAAAUUUUUACUGCAACGAGCAGGUGUGGAUGAUCUGUCAUUUACAAGUAGCCUGGAAAAGUCAAAGACAAUGAAGAAACCUCCUGUUAAUCGUUAUGAGUCUAUGGACUCAUCAGCUGGUGAUGAUGAGGUGUCCCUGGAGGAUAGUGAGGUUGAACAGAUCAAUGGUCACACCAAGGAAGAGGAGAUGACAGCGUUUGGGGAAGAGGAUGAGGUCGGGGAGGAAGAGGCACUAAAGGAUGAGGAGACCUCACCACGAGAAAUGAGAGAGAAGGCGCAGAAUGAACAGAGUGAAAAGGAACAACAGAGACAGAAGAAGAAGGAUAGAAAAGAGCAGAUGACAAAGACAGGGAAAGUGACAAAGCAGAUGAAAGAUUUCAAAGUAACAUUUGGUACCAUGACCCUGACAGGGAAACAUGAACGUCUGACUACUAAGAAGUUCAGUGAACACCCUGAGAAGAGAACACCUGUUGCUAUGGAGAUUCUUUCUAGUGAGGUGGAGUACAACAGGAUAUUGAAAGGAAUAAAAAACACCUACGUAAAACCUCUUAAGGCAGCUCUCAGUUCAGACAGGGCCAUUGCCAGUUUCCAGAAUGUGCAGAUCAUGUUCACAGACCUCAUGUAUAUAUUGGAUGUUAGCAGUGAAAUGGUAGAGGAUUUGAAGAACCGCCUUGCUGACUGGGACCCAACCAAUACAUGCCUGGGGGACAUUUUUGUUCGCUUCUGUACUCACUUAAAGGUCUACACCAACUUCGUCAAUAACUAUGACGUCAUCCUGCAAUGUAUAGAACGAACCAAAGAACAAACACCGUCCUUUCGUGCAUUUCUUCACCGACAUGAACGCAUCCCAGAGACCCGUAUGAUGACUCUGCAAGAGCUGAUGUUGCUGCCUCCACGUCGUAUAGAACAGUAUGCCUUCUUGUUGGGCUGGUUUGAGAUGCACACACCUAAGCUGCAUCAGGACAGAGCUGACCUAGCUGGUGCCAUACAAACUAUAGGAACUCUAAACAGACAUAUACAAGAGACAAAGCUGAGACUUGAGAGAGACAGAACCAUGAUAGCACUGCAGAAGUCUAUUCUGAACUCUCCAAGUCUCCUGGAAUCCAAUCGCUACCUAAUAAAACAGCUUGAUGUGGCUAACCUUCGACCACCAGCCAAGACCAUGGUCCCUGAGCUCAGAGUUUACCAGCACUUUGAGGACCUUGGCCUUUUUCUGUUCAAUGAUGCCCUGGUCAUUACAAGACGCACAUCCAGACAUUUCCCAUUCACGCGUGCAGUUGAACAUACAUACAGGUUUGAGACAAGUUUGUCUCUUGCACGCCUCAAAGUCAUCGACAUUGACAACACUAAAUACAUCCAAAAUGGUUUCAAGAUGGAAACCCCAAAUAAGGAGCUUUACUGUUGUACUUCAUGUGAAGAGGAUAAGUUUAAUUGGAUCACAUUGCUGGAACAAUCCAUUCGCACUGCCCUCGAGGGAUGAACAGGUCUUGGAACACUAAACACAAGCACCAGGCUAUGAUACUGCCAACCCUUUCUGUCAUAAGACCUGCCCUAGCUACAAUCACACUUUAAUUGGGGUACAUUUGACAUUUGUGUGUAUAUAUAUAACUUGGUCUGUGAUGUUUUUUUUAUUUUUUUAAUAAGGAAAGUUAUCUAUUUCUCUGAAUGAUGGAAUUUUAAAAUGUAAGGGUCAGAGGUCAGUCAAUCAAGCGCCAAACUGUUAUUUUGGAUUUAUAUAAUUGACAUGUUGUUGUUGAUCUCUAAAAUCAUUUGUCAUUGACUAUUCAACUGUGAUAUAGAAAGUGAAGGUUUGAUGGUCCUAAGAUUUAUAUACAUGUGUUAGGUAUUUAAGGGAUUAGUAUUGGAUAUGUUGAGGUAUUAGGAGCAGUUUAUGGAGCUUUAUUCUGUCAUUAAAGCAUUUCAAAUAUUU